CGCAAGCUGCUUGUUGUUCCCGCAGAGAGGCGAGAAGAUGGCGGCCGUGUCAAGCGGAGGUGCUGCUGGGUCCGCUGCGGCCGGGAUUACGCACUCUGCCCGACCGACCCACGCAGGCAUGGGCUCCCAGAACCGAGCCCAGCCGUCCUCCGGCAUCAACCACCCCAGUCGCACCGGCACGGCCCCCGGGAGCAUCGCCAGUCCUGGCCACACUUCGGCCACCAGGCCCCCCCCAGCCCGAGUGGGCCACUACGAAAUCGAGCGGACCAUCGGCAAGGGAAAUUUCGCGGUUGUCAAACUAGCCACACACAUCAUUACCAAAGCGAAGGUGGCUAUAAAAAUAGUGGAUAAAACCCAGCUGGACCAACAGAACCUGAAAAAGAUUUUCAGAGAGGUGCCAAUCAUGAAGGUGCUGGAGCACCCCCCCAUCAUCCGCCUCUACGAGGUGAUGGAGACUGAGCGGAUGAUCUAUCUGGUAACGGAGUACGCCAGCGGUGGAGAGAUAUUCGACCACCUGGUGGCCCACGGGCGCAUGGCGGAAAAGGACGCCCGGAAGAAGUUCAAACAGAUUGUGGCAGCGGUCCAUUUCUGUCACUGCCGCAACAUCGUCCACAGAGACCUGAAGGCGGAGAAUCUGCUGCUGGACCACAACCUCAACAUCAAAAUCGCAGAUUUUGGCUUCAGCAACCUGUUUGCUCGAGGACAGCUGUUGAAGACGUGGUGCGGCAGCCCCCCCUACGCCGCGCCAGAGCUCUUCGAGGGCAAGGAGUACGACGGGCCGAAAGUCGACAUAUGGAGCUUAGGUGUGGUGUUGUACGUGCUGGUGUGCGGCGCCCUGCCUUUUGACGGCAGCACCCUGCAGAAUUUGCGGGCGCGCGUCCUCAGCGGCAAGUUCCGCAUCCCCUUCUUCAUGUCCACAGACUGCGAGUACCUGAUCAGACACAUGUUGGUGCUGGAGCCCAGCAGACGGUUGACCUUGGAGCAGAUCUGUAAGAACAAGUGGAUGAGACUAGGAGAUCCGGACCCGGACUUCGACAGGUUGAUAGCGGAGUGUGAGCAGGUGAAGACGGAGAGGGAGGUCGAGCUCAUCAAUGAGCAGGUUCUGAAAGCAAUGUGCGAGAUGGGCCUGGAUCGAGAACGCACACUUCAGUCCCUACAAACGGAUGCAUACGAUCACUACAGCGCCAUCUACAGUUUGCUGGCCGACCGCCUCAAGAAACACAAGACCCUGCUUGUUGCUCCGCCCAAGCCGCGCUCCAUCAACUAUCCUCUUAGCGCCGUGCAGCAGACAGAUCCGCAGGGUAAUCCCGUUAGCAUGACCGUUCCCCACGUCCAGCUCAUCAACCCAGAGAACCAGAUCGUCGAGCCGGACGGCAGCAUGGCGCUGGACAGCGAUGAAGGGGAGGAGCCAUCCCCCGAGGCCAUGGCUCGCUAUCUGUCAAUGAGGCGGCACACCGUGGGAGUACCAGACCAAAGGACAGACAUGCAGGAGGACCUCCAGAAACUGCCGCCAGGUUUCCCUCGCGGUGCGGUUCCCCAGCCCCCUUUCCCCUCACUGGUCCCCAACAUGGGCCAAACUCACACUCUCAUGCCCGCACAGAGCUUGCAGCCCACACAGCAGCUGGAGUACAAGGAGCAGUCCUUGCUGCAGCCCCCCACCCUCCAGCUGCUCAACGGCAUGGGGCCUCUCGGUCGAAGGGCUUCCGACGGCGGGGCCAACAUUCAACUACACGCUCAGCUCCUCAAGCGGCCCCGGGGGCCCUCACCGCUUGUUGCCAGCCCGCACCCAAUCCCCGCAGUAGCUCCGGUGGAUGAGGAAGGUUCAGACGGAGAGCCGGACCAGGAGGCAGUACAGAGAUCCAGCUAUAAGGACUGUAACACCCUUCAUCUCCCCAUGGAGCGCUUCUCACCCGUCAGGCGCUUUUCUGACGGCGCCGCCACCAUCCAGGCCUUCAAGGCUCAUCUAGAGCACAGCAGCCUCAUUAAGCAACUCAAACAGGAGUGCGAGCAGCUCCAGAAAAUGUACGCUGCCCAGCAGGAUGAGCGGUUCCUGGAGCACACACAGCAGCAGCAUAUCCUCUACCAGCAAGAGCAACAGAUCCUCCACCAGCAAAUCCAGCACCUCUACCAGCAAAUCCACUUCUAUCGGGACGCCGGGUCUAAUUCCAUUUCUCCUCACCUGCAGGGUCUGUCUUUAGGCCACGGAGAGAGCCAGCCCAGUCACCUGACCCACCAGCUCCAGAGGUUGCGCAUCCAGCCUUCCAGUCCUCCGCCAACUCAUCCCAGCAACCACCUCUUCAGACAGCCCAACCAGAGCCCCCCGCCUUGCUCUGCAGGCAUGAUGCAAGGGCACGGAGGUCCCUCACCAGUGCAGUACCAGCACGGGGCUCCUGCACUCUAUCAAGGCCAGAGUGGCAGCCCGCCUCCGCGAGCCUCUCUACCGACCAAUCAGCAGGCAGCAUCCGCCCACCCCAGCGUAGCGCUGGCGCAGGGUGUACCUCAACAACAGCAGGUGACCAUUCAGGUUCAAGAGGUGGAGCUGGGAGGCGUGGCGCAGAGACAGGGCGGCUUUUUGUCCACGCCGGGGCACCGAGUCCUCGGGAAGCAGCUGAGCGCGGACAACGCCGAGACGCACAGUCGCAGCCUCGGCCGCUUCACAUCGGCUUACGACCAAGCUCACUUUAACCCCCACCUCUUCUCGGGCGACGUCGCCUCCCGGGUGGUCGGCCCCUACAACCACUACCUGCAGGGAGCCUCCCUCAACGUGCCGGGCCUGGAGGAGUACCAGAGCGGGGCGGUCGGGACCGGCACCUACGGCCCCCCCUCCGCACUACAGCAGGCCCUGCUGUCCCCGACUCCUUUUGAGUGCCGCCCCGCACAGCAUCACGUCACCCCCACCCUGCAGGGCCUCCUGUCGCCCCGCCACUCUCUAACAGGCCACGCCGACCCCAGGCUGCCGCCCCAAGACCUGGCAGCCCUGCUCAAGAGGCAGAGCCCCCGGCCGUGCCCGUCGACCCCCGCCCUGCCCAGCGGCGCGCCCCAAGAGUACGGAGAGAUUCUGGUCCUCCGCCAGCUGAACCAGGGGGAAGGCUUGGAGCUGCAGGCGCCGCAGGGCGCCGCCGGGGGCCAACACUACCACCACCUCCUCCAGAUCCGGCCCCCCGAGGUCCAGCCGCAGCAGCACCUGGCCCAGGCUCCCUGCCCCGGCUUACCCCACUCGGAGAGCAUGGAGGAGGACGAAGCGCCGCCCGGCUACCCCCACCCGCACGAGGGCCUGCUGGCCAAGGCGGCAGACGGUCACGAGCUGCUGGGGCCCCCCCUAGGAGGCACCCCGCCCUACAACUCCCCUACACACCGGCACGGCGGCUACGCGAGGAACGUUCCGCCGGCGAGAGAAUCGGAGCAUGUCGACUGCAGGCCCCAAGGGCAGGCCAUGGAGGUGCCCGAUCACAACGGCGUGGGCUAUUCAGCAGCUCCCCAGAGUGACGCCUAUAGGUCCCGUGGACAGCUACAGCGCCACCACACCAUCCAGACCUGCGACGACGCCUACGACCAGGCGGAGCCCAUGUCGGGAAUGAGCCUGCUGGCCGGGAAGGCGCUGAGCUCGGCUCGCAUGUCGGACAUUCUGAGCCAGACGUCGCUGACGGGAAGCCAGCAGCUGCAUCAGCGGGGAGAGUCGGCGUGUGACGUGGAGGAGGAGCUCCAUGCGGCGGCCUGCUACCCCUCCUCCUGCACCAGUGACAUGCUCCUCAGCUACAAGCCCCCCGACCUGCAGUACAGCAUGGAGCAGGCCGGUGUUUAGCACAGUGUUAGAGGGCAGAUCUGAACCGGUGCUCCUCUGCCUUUAGGACGGGGAGGGGAGGGUCUCCUGUGAGCAGCGGCCCACGUCAGCCAUCCUGAGCAGCAUCACGGCAAACCACCGCUCCCUGCCCGACCGGGGGACGCUCCACGUGCAUCUGUCAGUCUCCAUCUUUCCUCUGGAGGGGCAAGCGAGGGGGAGUGUGGGUGGUUGGAGGGGUCAUGGGUGGGGCCUCUAGAUUCCAGAGGUCAACGUGCCAGCAUUUGGUGCACAGACAUCCGGCAUUCGUUGCCGCAGGUUGGCUUCUCGGUACCCCUCCAGUCAUCGGGGUUCCACCCCCCCCCCCCCCCAACACGCACGCACCACCCUCGCCUGCCGCUACGCCCAACUUUGGCCCUGACCUAGCCCCCACAAACACACUUUGUCUUCUAUCAACAGUUCAUUAUGUGCCUCAUCGACGCAUUCAAAGCAUCCAAUAAGUCCAAUAACACACAGACACACACACACUGUUGCCACAAACCCAAA